AGAGGAAUCGAAACAAGUUCGAUCUUCUAUUACAUAAAAUCGGAAAAACGUGCGGAUUACUUUAUCAGGCGAAAAUUUCAAGAUUUUUCCACGAUUCCGUUGUUGCUGGCCGAUAAAUAGAUACGGGAUUUAAAAGUCCGAUCAGUUGCAAUUGAACUUCUCAAGACGUCAUUUGAGAUUGAAAAAAUAAUGGCCACUGCUAAAUUCAAAGAAGCUUCGCCAUUUACAAAGCCCCGACCUCCAGCAACCAAAGAGGAUUACCUCUACAAAGUGUUCGAGGACGAUUUGGCGCUAAAAUGUGCAUCGCAAUCCGAUCCAAUCCUGAAAGUGGCAAUUUUCGGAAUAGGGCGUGCUGGCACCAUUCACCUCUCAAACAUCAUCGAAAGCCCAAGAAUGAAACUCCUAUACGUCAUCGACGACAUGGAAGAAAAGUGGCCGAGAAUAAAAAAACAUUUCCGAUUGACUGACGUGACUUUCUUGACCAGCAAGCAGGCGGACGCGGUCUUCAAAGAUUCCAAUGUAGACGUCGUCGUCGUGGCAUCACCAACAUAUACUCACGAAGGAAUCGUAACGAAAGCUCUGGAGAAUCGAAAGGCGGUAUUCUGCGAGAAACCGGUGGCAGAAGAUCGAAAGAACACGGAAAAAUGUUUCAAUGUAGCAAAACAAGUGGGAAGACCCCUCUUCACUGCCUUCAAUCGUCGAUUCGAUCCCAGUUACAGCACCGUCAGGGAGAGAGUGCGUAAAGGAGAAGUUGGACAUGUACAGAUCAUGUCGAUUACAUCCAGAGACUCACCGAUGCCAACACUUGAGUACUUGAGGGACUCCGGAGGAAUUUUUCACGACUGCAUGGUCCACGACAUCGAUCUUAUGACUUGGUUGCUCGGCGAAUAUCCAAUCAAGGUGUCCGUUCAGGCAGUUGCUAAUUUCCCAGAGGUAAAAGCCAUCGACGACGUCGAUACUGUGGUGGCAACUCUCCAAUUCCCCUCAGGGACUCUGGGCAUGAUAAAUCUGUCCAGGAAUUCAGCGUACGGAUACGACAUGCGUAUCGAGGCUUUUGGACCCAAAGGAAUGAUUCGGGCUGAGAACGAACAGCCAAUUCACUGCGUUGAGACACAAUAUGGUCACGAUGGACCCAGACAUGCUCCCAUCUGGUACUCAUUCCCCAGUAGAUUUCGUCUGGCAUAUCGAAGGGAGAUGGAUAAUUUCCUGGAUAUUGUUUUGGGUCAUCGUGAGCUCAACGUCAAGCCUGAGGAAGUUCUCGCUGUCUCUCGUAUUGCUGCGGCCUGUGAAGAGUCCGCGAGGACAGGCAAAAUGAUUGAAAUUAAAUGGAAUCCUGGAGAGCUCCCGGUCAUUCACUGAUUCACUGAUUCGAUCCUUCGACCAAGACUGGAAUUUCACUGGUGAUUAAAAAAAAAUAAAAUAAAUACAACGCAUGCACCACCGCUA